UUAAAGUUGGCCCAGCGGUUAUCAUUGAACAUGAACUGAGCAGCUAUUGCUGACAGUAUCUGCUGUAUUUAUAUGAUGUCAGCGCUCAACAGACUGAGGACAAAGCAGCGACUCACUUCUCGCUGAGCGUUUUAUUUUUUUUUUUACUCAUGAGGAUUCAUUGCUUUAGUAGACAGUCUUUGACAUCUGGACCAGUCUGUCGCUUCUCACAAUGUUAACUUACUGUGUCAGACACGUCCUGCCAACACACGCAUCCAUGUUAAACACCACACAGCGCAGAAUAGCGCCGGUCCUGCGGCACACCAGAGGAAGGUGCAGCAGCUCACGGAGCGAGGAUGUGGAUCAGGUCAGGACUCUGCUCCAGCUCUGUCAGGACAGAUACUACAUCUCACCAGGUCAGGCUAACGCGGAUCUGUUUCGCCGUGGGACGAGUUGUAGCUAUGGGCCUCUGGGCAUGGAGCUGAGGAGAAACCUCCUGGACCAGUGGUGGCACUCAGUAACCAGGUCCAGAGCUCAGGUGCUUGGGAUCAACACUCUGAGCAGCAGCAAGGACAGAGAAACAGAUGGAGGAGGACAGCUGAGGAUGCUUGAAUCUGAAAACCUAAAACAAAUACUUGAGCGGCCAGAGCUGAGCAAGGAGCAGAUCCUCCAGGAGGUGCAGGCACUCCUUCAGAGGUCCCCAUCUGUGAGAACUAACUUACUUCAAGGUGCCUUGGAGCAGUUUGUCCCCUCCUUUGAGCUGGUGAAGAGGAAGCUACCUUUUGGCCUGGCUGAGACUGGUCUGUGCUUUCAGCCCUCAGACGGUUCUGGUUGCCUCACUGAGUUCACCCAGACAUCUCUGGUGUGGUUCUGCUCUUCUCGCUCCUCUUCCCAUUGGUUGGAUCACUGGGCACGACAGAGGCUGAAGUGGUGGAGGAAAUUUGCCCUGUCUCCCUCCGACUUCAGCAGCAGUGACGUCCCAGAGGAGGAGCUUGUGGAGGUGGCAUCUCGUGGUGUGAGGAUCACCUACAGCUUCCCAUGGGGACAGGAGCCCCUGGAGAUGCUGUGGAGCCGAGGAGACGCUGAGCUGCUGCAAACACACCGAGGAGCCCGAUCCAAACUUCAGUUACAAAAUGGUCGCAAGUCAAUUCCUCACAUUCUCUCUGUAACUGGGAACAUGGACCGUGGUGUGAUGGCGUUUCUGUCCAAUUCACUGCAGCUGCUGAAAAGAGAAGACAGCAAGCAGAGGCUGCAUCAGAGAAAGGUUCUGAAAUUGCAUCCAGUCUUGGCUCCAGUUAAAGUGGCCUUAGACAUUGGCAGGGGAGCCACUAUGGAGCUGAGACAGGUUUGUGAAGGCCUUCUGCAAGAAUUUAUGGAGGCUAAGAUCUCUGCGUGGCCUGGGUACCUUGAAACUAUGCCAACAUCAAUGGAGCAGCUGAAUGCCAAGUACGAUGAGAUGGGAGUCCUUUUCACUGUGGUGAUCAGUGAGAAGACCUUGGAGAGCGGCCUCCUUCAGGUCCGCAGCAGAGACACCACCAUCAAAGAAACUAUGCACAUCUCUGAGAUUAAGAACUUUGUUCUCAGGUACAUUUCUGCUGCAGACAAUUUCUGAUUGGACAUUUUGCUGGAGCAACUAAAACAGCAGUGAAUAUUGUGCUGCCUCAGUAUUGCGUCCAUUGUAGACACAAAAUAAUUGCACAUCUACAAGUCAGGAACUUCCUCAUGAGGAAUAUUUCCACUUUUCCUUAAUGUUUUUUUUAUUCAGUGUGACCCAACCAAGAACGGUGAAUGUUUUUAUGUGUUUAGGUAUAAUUGGUUGAUGGACGACCAUUCUGUACUGCGUCUUAAGCAGACUAUGGUCAGGACUGGUCAGAAUUUGAGAAUGAGAUGUGCGCACACCCAUUGUGCAUUUAACCCCCACUUUUCACUGGGUGUAGCUUAAGGACUCUCACCCAUCGUACAGCCUCCUUUCAGUAUAUCCAAUGCAAAGAGUUGGAUAACUCAUAUUUUUUAACUGUGUGUCUGUUAUCAUGUAUGUUUGCACAGAUGUAUUCACAGGAUUGGAACAACUGUCAAAUUUAUUUCUAUUAAAACACUAU